GCAGAUCGUUUGUUUGGGCCGCAGAGGAGGCGACCUAUCACGUGCAUACAUCUCCUGGUGACUCCUGACAGCGCAAGGCGAUGAAUAUAUUGACCGAAAUUUGCCCACGUCCACGUUGUCGACCUCCGGAUUCGAAUUCUUUCUGCAGCGUCGAAGCAUCACACACCGACACUGAGUGCACGUUCUCCGGCUCACCUCCUGCCAGCAUUGAAUUCUUGCCAGCCUCCUUUGGAUUUCCAUCCCUCACCACGUCAAAAUCGUCUUGAAGUUGCUGGCAUCUCUCGACACACCACGGGAUUUAUAAUUGUCCUAUCUUUCAGAGGCCAAAAUGGCCACGGCUGAGGGUCCUGCCAGAGCGCACGAUCGCAAUGGACGUCGUCGCCCUUUUUCUAGCUGGAUGAAGCGACUCGCGAACCUCAAGAACUCCUCCGAUUCGAGCAGUACCCGUUGGUCGAAUAAGCGCCAUGCUGUCCCCAAGAGCAAGAAGAACCGCUCCCCCAACAAUCCUUACCCGCUCUCCGGUACAACGAAUCCGGCUGGUGAAUACAGCAGUGAACCAAACGACUCGAUUCAAGAUUCUAGCGAGGCUUCCGGACAAAGAUCUAUCUCGCAGAGCGAACCAUCCCUUUCUUCGGGCUACGAAAACCAGAUCCCCGCGACGAGUGCCAAAUCCACCGCUCCGACCAUUUCAACCAACGCAGACACAGCAAUAUCCGAUGCAGCAUACUCCAAGACGGGCACAAUGGCAACAGUCGGCGGAGGGAUUGGCUCAACCGGUGGGGGCGAAGGGAGCACAUUCUCAUCUCCCGCACCGUCGGUGCGGUCGUUGACGACCACCUUGACAACAGUACAGUCGGCAGCGCCUUCGACCCAUCUAUAUAAUGCACAGAACGGACAUCAGAAUAUCCCGCAUAUCCAUUCGAUGCAAGGAAUUGGAAACCAGCAAGUGCAGUUUUCGCACCAGUUUCCUCCUUCCCCCGCGACGGCUGUCCCACCUCACCUAGCUCCCCACGGCCAUUCUGUCACCUACAGUACUGCGACAGCGAACAAUCUAUUAACGGAUAAUGCCUCGAUUCUUACACUGGCAUCAUCCUCGAAACGCCGCCGACGAAAUUCCCUGGAUACAAAUGCAUCGGUCCGCGCGCUAGCUCCGUCAUCAAUCUUUGGUGGUAGCCGCGAGAGCUUGCCGCUGAGCGUGCUUAGUGGUAACGUGGCAGAGCCGUCUAACACAUCCGCAUUCAAUGCAUCUGGAGUGCUCAAUCGACCAAGCAUGGUUGGCCUUGCGAGCGCAGAGCGGAUCAGCGUCUACUCAGCUUCGGGCGCCGGGCCUCUGAGCGGAGGCGGGGAAAGAGGGAGUUUCCACAACAAGCAGAAUUCUGCUGUCGCUGGAGACGGAGCUAGUAUCAAGAGUGCAGCUCAUUCACACGGUCGCAAUGACAGCAACACCGCGAGUAUCUCGGGCAUUGGUAGCCCAUUAGCCGGUUCAUCGAUGAACCAACCUAUUUCCACCGGGCGCAUCAGCCGUCGAAGCUCGGGAUGGGGGGAAAUCAAUGGCGACGAGAGCGAGGAAGACAAGUCGGGGGAGAACAAGGAUGACGAGAAAACUGAAGCCAGAGUUGAGAUCUCGAUCGAAGACACUGGCAAGAAGAACUCACCAUGAUGAGCGACCGACGAUAUCUAGGCUUCUGAAGUCUUAUGAUGGGGGCGCGCAAUGAUACGAUGUUACGCACAACACACCACGAACAGACUGGAUUGUCUAGAAUGUAUAUUCAUUUUCUUUUUCUGACUACGGAGUAUUUUUUGAUGAUUGACGUAUGGCGGGUUGGACGGAGGUUUUUUCUGCAUUUAUUCACCAAUGAUGGAGUUUGGCUGGCCUGUAUGACUUGGAAUUCGUCUUAUUCUUAUGUGUCUUUCUUUUUGUUUGAUUUUUGAGGUGAUUGAAUUGAUAUCCCGCUGUGGUACUUUUGAUAAUGAAUGCAAUGGAGUAUUGGUGUUCUUAUGAUGUUUGUUCACGACCCUCUUUCAGACAAUCAGAUUGUCGAUAUCCAAUUUGAAUUGUUUUUGACCCCACAUUAUUCUUACAUUGUUUGAUAGUAAAUAAUUGAGAGG